UCCAUGGCCCGUGGUGAAGCUGGUGAAGCUGGUAAAGCCGUAAAACCCGUGGCCCUCGUAGCGUGUGGGGUGGAGUGGUGAGUCGUUGAGUCCCCGACAGCCCCGUUGGCCCUGGUUGGCCCCGUGGCACAGUCAGGACCACUGGUCAGGACAGUCAGCCUCGCCAGCCGCCCCAGCCGGCCGCCCGUCGAAGCCAUGACGUGUUGUUGCGCUGUAGGCUGUUCCAAUCAGCAAGGAAAAGGGAAAAAGUUAUUCCGAGUCCCCCUUGGAGAAAGGAAUAAGAAGCGAAGAAAGAUUUGGAUGUCACGAAUCAAGAGAAAAAAUUUCACGUGCACACCCGCAACCAGACUGUGCGAGGAUCACUUCACUAUCGAUCAGUUCGAACCCCAUAUCCUUGCGAAGACAGGAGAGAAAAAAUUGAAACCGGAUGCAGUUCCCAGUCUCUUUGCUUAUAAUUCUCCAUCCAUACCAAGAAGGCUGCCCUCCAGGAGAAACCAAGAGACGUGUGCUGAAGCAUCAACAUCAGUUCAGCAGAUCCAGGCGUUUGAAGAUGCUCAAGACACAAUCCUACCGGACAAUGAGCAAUGCCAUAUGUCUGUUGAAGCCUGCCCUGCUGCUGCGCAAGACACAAUCCUACCGGACAAUGGGCAAUGCCAUGUGUUUGUUGAAGCCAGCACUGCUGCUGCUAACACGACUCUGCCGGGAGUUGAACAACGCCAUGCAUUUGUCAAAGCUGGCACCGCGGUUGCUCCAUCAGUGCAAGCUGCUCUAAACAAGCGAAUUGUUCAGCUCGAAUAACAACUCGAACAAAAGCAAUGACAACCGACGAAAGCUCAGAAGAAGAAUUCAGAAAUUCAAGAAAAAGAGACACUAAAGUUGGGUCUGAAAUCCUACUUGAACCCCUGACCAGAUCAAAUAUCUGGAAACAAUGACCAUUAGAGGGCCGUCAUGGAGCCUCGAGACGUUGUUAAGCUCUGGCUCACGAGGGUAUGGUGUGAUGAGGGAGUUUGGGCAGCCAUUACCAAGAGUGCGGACGUUACAACAUCAUUUGGAAAGUUGCAAGUUUCGGACCAGGAUGCUCGUCAACGUUAUGGAUUCAUUGGCAGUCAAGAUUGGUCUCAUGGAACCACAGGAACACCAUGCUACGUGGAUGCUGGACGAGAUCCAACUGACACCAGGACUCGUGUUCGAUAAUUCGUCAGGCAGAUUCCUUGGAGCUCCAGCUCUCCCACUGGCCGACGGAACUCUCCCAAGCAGCUUGUUAGUCACGCAUAAACUUGUCUUUAUUAUGAGAGGCGUGAGGAGCGGGUAGAAACGGACAGUCGCAUAUUGUCUGACCGGGAAUUCUUUCCACGCAGAGCCUGUAAAAGAUCUCAUAACACAAAUCAUCGUGGCCUGCGAAAAAAUUGGGCUGACAAUUGAUGUUGUUGUUUCAGACAUGGGGGUUGGCAACCAAGCUUUAUGGAAGCCGGAAAAUAUUGCCAAACCAAGACUUGGUACGGAAGUUGCACUUCAUGCCCGAUGUUCCGCUCUUGCUAAGAAAACCUCUGGAACCGCCUUACAAGAUGUUAGAUAGAAAUUCACCUGCCAGCAACAGUUGUCACCAAACAUCACUUCUCUAGUUGUGAGGUCCAGAUUGAUCCAAUCAAGAAACUGGUAGAACUUGAUAGACAAGUAGAGUUAGAUUGACAAAAUGAAGGUGGGGUUUGCUUUUAGUAUUUUCAACAAUGAUACUAAAGCUGCUCUGCGCAUUUUAGUUUCAAAUAGCCAGAUAAAGAAGAAAGCGUUAAGUACUGCUCAGUUUGUAAAGACCUUUUUUUAAAUGGUUCAAGCUAAUGUCCUCCCAAACAACAAAGUGGCAUUUAGUAGCCAUUUUGAUGAUGUCAAACAUGAGGAGAGUGUUACAUUCUCGAACAACGUAAAUGAGCUUUACGCAGCUAUUGGGGAUGGUGCAAAAAAUGCAUGGAAACCCAUUCAGACUGGCAUUAGCCUAGCAACAAGUGCAGCAUUGUAAGUCCAAGACCUGUUCCCAAGCAAAUGCAGCUUUCACUUUCUCCACACGAGUCGGUUCAGCCGAGACGCAUUAAAAAACCUUUUCUCAACAUUCCGUGCAAAAUAUUUUGUGCCAAGAACAUUGGGGUUUAAGUCUGCGCUUAGAACAGCGACCAAAAAGUCAAAGUCAAAUUGGACGUUUUAGUGAUUUAUACAGUGCAAGGUCGGUCUGCCAGUAGGCGCGACACUGGUUCACACUGUAGAUAAGCAAUUUCGCCAGUGCAGUAUGACUGCUAACCUGGGUUCUUUAACGUGCUCGCGCAGUAGUGAUGCACGACUGCACGCCGGUACGAUGCUCAUCCAGAUCGAAACGGGCAGGGGGCGGAGCUCGAACCCAGGAUCCCUGGGUUCUGCAGCGCGAGCUUUCGCUCCACGCGCGUCGAGUUAGGUGUGCGCUUUAGCCCACUCGGCCACCGACCAUGACGCAGUUUAUGAGGCGAAGUAGGAGCAGUAGCUACACCGAUGAUGAAGGCUCCAUCCUUACUGGCAUGCCACCAAAAGACAGUGUUGAGCCAGGGAAGUCUGUUGAGUACCCCGACGACAUUCUGCCGCUUAACACGGCCGAAAAUAUUGUUACACCAGAUCUGAAAGAUUGGAUCAUGCGAUGCAUGCAGUCUAGCAAUUGGUAGUGGCGGCACAAUGUAGAACCUGAUGAAGCUCAAAUCUUGCGUCGAAGGUGCUGAACACUUGGCAGCGCCUUCCUCACCUACUAUGCAGGUAAGAGACAACAGAGGCAUACUUCAAAAAAAUCCAGAUCAGCCUGCUUUCUAGCAAGCUACAAAUGCUCAAGCAGAAAGUUUUGGAUUCUGUGUUUUCCUGCCGACUGCUUUCCUCGGCGCCACGCUGUACUUGACGAGCUCGUUAGUACCUUUUUGAGAACGAGUAUGCAGAUUCCUGUUAGAAAAGAAAACCAGCACCUUGUCAAGUUGAAAAUGGCGAAAAAAAUAUGGCAACAGAAGUGUUUUAAUGUGUGCAGCGGUGAAUCUAAAUAAGUGAGACGGUGGUUAUAUGUCAUACUCGUUGUCACCUCAAGAUAAAGUUUUGCAUAUAGUUCAUACAAUACUUGAUUGCCAGAGAAAAAAAGAAUCGCUUUUUUUCAGUAGGGUGCAUCGUAAUAGACGAUUUAAAGCACGCACAGAAGUAUUUUCAUUUAUAACACAAGAGAAAUUGGUAACGCUUCACGAGGGAGUGAACAUUUUUUUACUGUGGUUCUUGGGGUGACUAUCGGCUUACGGUUGUGUACCACUACUGCUUGAUGCAUGUUAAAAACCCCGGGUCAGCAGUAUUGCUGCACUCUAAAUUGCUCAUCAAAAUCAUGAACCAGAGUCGUUACUCGUUAGAUCCGUAUGCAGGUCAUACUCGCGCUGUACUGGAUGUCAAAUUUGCUUUUGCUUUUAUCUUGGGGUGAAAACGAGUAUACGAGUGUGAGUGACUAUUACUAAUUAGAAGAUACAUAGAAUUUUUGCUUUUAUCUUGGGGUGAAAAUGAGUAUAUGAGUGUGAGUGACUUUUACUAAUUAGAAGAUACAUAGAAAGGGGGGACAAACAACGAACUUCCUCAUGUUUAAUUACUGUUACCAACACGCCCAUUUUGUACUUGACUAUUACUAAUUGUUGUCUGCAGAUGCCUAAACAACCAAAUAAUAAAACCUGCAUAGUUGCAAAAAAAAAGCUUAUCUUGCAAAAUGCUUCA